AUGGCGCCACCACCAGCCAAGAAGCAAAAGACCGACGACAUCAAGUCCCCAAUCGUGUUUCCUUGCCCCGGUCAAAAGCCCGAUGUCCGCCUCAUUGUCUUCGACCAAGAGUUCCACAUCAAUUCCACCCUGCUCAAGCUGAACUCUGCCUUCUUCCGCAAGUUUCUCGAUUCCACUAAUAAGACUGUUGUCGCCAUCGAUCCUACCUCUAGCAGUUCGACUUUGACUCGGCCGGAGACAUCUCAGAUCGGGUUUGGCUCGGUUUCGACUUUCGAGUACGAGUGGGUUACGAAGAUUGAUGAGGGAGGGGAGAAGUGGUUUCUAACUAUCGCAUUCGAAAAGCUGAUGUGCGCAAUCUAUACUCGACCAUAUCAACUUAUCAAUACUAAAGAAUUGUUGCUCAUGACCGCUCUAGCCGAUUACUAUUGCGCACUUCCGAUUCUCACCCGAAUUCUCGAUGGCGCCUUCAUCAAUAGUCCACAAUUUUGUAAGGGCAUCGGCUCCCACGCCAGUGAGCUCUUCGUUGCGGCUGCCAAAAUCAGAAACGCCCUUUUGUUCCGCGAAUGUCUCAUUUGGGUUGUAAUUUCUUACAGAGAUCGAGAAUUUGAAAGUCUUGAAGAUAAGAGGCUUCGAAUGAUAGUAAGGUGCGCUCACGGCGAGGUUUCUACUCGAUUAACGGGUGCUACAGCAGUGGUACUCACCAAGACUGCUGAUACUUAG